UGCCAAGAGAAGUGUAAGGGCAAGACCACUACUUGGGAUCUAGCCAGCUUUUUGAUCAAGCCCGUACAAAGGGUUCUCAAGUACCCCCUCCUAAUCAACCAAAUCCACGCUUUAACAUCACACGAACACGCAGACUACGAGAGUCUUGCAGAGGUUCAGAAGGACAUGGUGCAAAUUGCAGAGGAAAUUAACGAGAUUAAGAAGCGCAAGGAUAUUGUAGAAAAGAUCGUUGGCCCUAAAAAGAAGACCGAUUCAGACAAGUUUUCUCGAACAACGCAACAGCUUCGUCAAGCUGUGGGUGGGUCCGAUGUCACCGUCGAUAUCCUCUUUGAAGCAUUGCUAGAAAAGUUCAACCUUCAGCAGAGUUUGGCUCGCGAAUUUGUCAAAUAUAUCUUGGCAUGGCUGCUCUCCAUUAAACAAUUUUUUGAUACCCAGGAGGCCUUCGCACUGACGCUCAGGGAGAUUUACAGCAUGGUGCCGAUCCAUCGUCAUGACGAAAACCGGUCCACCGUCCUUGUUAGCGAAUUCCACAAGAGUCUCUCUCAGUUCUCCAAAACCAUCGGAAGGGAGCUUGAGGCGCGGCUUAAGAAGACGGUCUACAAGAGCAUUGAAAACUUCCUUAGACUCUUUUCAGGGCCCCUACAGGUCAUGAAGAAACGAGAAAAGAAGUUGCUGGACUAUGAUAGCGUCCGUGGGAUGAAAGAGCGUGGAGAUACAAUUGACAAGAACAUGCUGGAGUCCGCAGAGGCAUAUACCGCGAUCAACGAGCAGCUGGUGGAUGAGCUUCCUGUCUUCCUAGGCCUGACCACUCAGUACUUUGACCUAAUCGUCAUGGAGUUCAGCAGGGUCCAGAUGUAUUUCUAUUCUCAAGUCAAGGGCAAAAUUCUCGAGUUCUAUAUCCAGAACAUCGAUUCAACGGUAUCGAUGGAUGUACCGGGAUAUAUGGCGACGAUGAAUAUAUGCGAGGAUUACAUUACAGCGAUGCAGAGGGACGAUGGCCCGCUUGCGCGCCUUGAAAGGGUUUCGUUGAUCAGGAAUGUUGAAUCUACCCAUGGUACGCUCACUUGCUACCCUUUUCUGGAAUAG